AUGCCUCCUCGGAUACGUAUACCGUCUUCACGGCUUUCAUCUGCUCAUCGACCGUCAGCUCCAUACAUAUGCUGGCAAUGCCGCCAUGCUUCGCUAGCCAGCGCGACCACUCCCGCUGCACCCAUUGAGCACAACAUCGCAGCAGCAUCGGCCAUCACACCUAUCCAGACAUACUCGCCCACGCAACCGCCAUCACAUAAGCCGCCAGAGUUCCGGAAAUCACAAUUACAUCGGCAGUACCAGUCAUUACUACGAUCUUCACCACUCAUACUCUUAUUCCAGCACAACAAUCUCAAAGCUACAGAAUGGUCGGGCAUUCGACGAGAACUGGCUUCGGCGUUGCGGAAAGUGGACGAGGAGUUGGCCAAGGCGGGCGACCAUACGUACGUGGGCAGCAGUACGAAGCUGCAGAUUGUGCAGACGGGCAUCUUCGCCUCAGCGUUGAAGGUCGUCGAGUUCUGGGAGCCCAAGUUCGAAGCAGCAGCAACGAGUGCACAUCAAGCAGAGAUACAGGAUGAAGCUGCUCUCACACACGGCUUGUCCGAUCAAGUCUGGCGUGCUGUGAGUCUGGACAAGGAGCUGAAGCACGGGCUUGAACCACUACUAUCCGGUCCUAUCGCUCUCCUGACUUUGCCAAAUGUCUCACCACAACAUCUGAAAGCCGCUCUUUCCAUCCUCUCUCCCUCCGCACCGAAGUUUCCUGCACCGAAGCGGAGGACAAAUCCGACAUACUUUGAGAAGCCUGUGCAGGAAGGGCUGCAGAAGCUGAUGUUGCUCGGCGCGAGAGUGGAAGGUAAAGUCUUUGAUAUGGACGGUGCAAAGUGGGUCGGUGGUAUUGAGGGUGGAAUGACUGGUUUGAGGGCGCAGCUGGUUGGCAUGCUCUCGGGUAUGGGUGCGCAGAUCACGAACACCCUUGAGGCGGCGAGCAGGAAUCUCUAUAUUUUGGUGGAGAGUCGGAGGGGUAUGCUUGAGGAGGAGCAGAAGGGUGAAAGUGGUGUAGUGGAAGGAGAGAAGAGUGGGGAAAAGGCUGCCCAGUAUUCAGGCCACGAUGGACCGCCUUUGAAUUCCUGGUGUGAGGUGCCCGAAGCCGCCACGGAUCGAGCACGGGAUAGUGAGUUCCAUAGCUACUACGAGCCGUUCAAGGCUGCUGUCGCCAACGGUGACAAGAGUCGAAAAGACGGUGUUCUGCUAUCUGGGGAGGAUCGCGCUCUCACGGCUUUUGCUCAGCUUGGUGCUUUGAGACUAGGCGCACGACGGUGUGCGAUAUCAUUCUUUGAUCAAGACACGCAAUAUGUACUGGCUGAAGCGACCAAGACACUGUCUCUGCAGACAGAUGAGCCUGAUAUCCCCGAAGAUAGCCUACUCUGGGGCGUCGCGGAGUUCCCUCUCAAUGCUGGCCUCUGUCAGUAUACCAUCCGUCUACCACCCGAGUACGUGCAGUCGGAUGAUGGGCAUCUGACGGAGGUCGCGAUCAACUGCUUCCCGGAUAUGUCGGCAGAUCCACGAUUUCAGGACUUGCCCUUCGUGUGCGGAACACCGUACACGAGAUUUUAUGCGGCAGUCCCUAUUCGAUCUCCAACUGGGCUUGCGCUUGGAUCUUACUGUGUUAUGGGCGAUGAGCCGAAAGCGGGACUGACGCAUAGCGAGAUCGCUUUUCUGAAGGACAUGGCUACUACGGUUAUGGUUCAUCUUGAGAUGGUCAGGGCGAGGGAAGAGAUUAGAAGAAACGCGCUGGUCAUUCAUGGAUUGGGUAGUUUUGUUGAGGGAGAGAGCUCCAUAUGGGGUGGCCGUCGAGUGGCGGAUGAGUCGCUAGAUCACGGCUAUACUGGCAGCAAGUGGUACGAACAGCAGUAUGCCAUACAACGACCUGGCCUCUUGAAGACCGGUCAGGCACCGAAGCGGGUGACUCCGAAGGAUCCAAGUCUGACACAGGAUUUCGUAGAGCAGUACCCGAAGAACACGACACCUGAACAUUCUCCUACGCGUCUGAGCGCCGAACGUACCAUGUCCACUACUAAUCUUUCGAUCGAACUGUCCCAGACUACAAAUAGACAGCAUCAGCUGCAGAGUCUGGAUAUCCGGCAUACUUUCGCACGAGCGGCCAGUAUUAUUCGGGAAUGUACGGACGUUGAUGGUGUGGUUUUGUAUGAUGCAUCGAUUGGCACUUUUGGGGGUAUGGUUGAUCUAGAAUCCGAAACGGAUUCGACCUUAUCAUUGGAUAGCAAAAGUACCGCGGAUGAACCCUCGGACUCUGAGAACGGCUCAAACGAUAGCGACAGACCUACAAAUAAGCGACAACCAUAUGAGGAGGAGGACUACUCCAAGCGCUGCAGAAUCCUGGGGUUUGCCACUCCCCGGAAGUCUGAUCUUCAUAAGGAUGAACCGCCGGAGCAUCUAACGAACAUGACGGAGAAAUUGUUGAGGAGAUUGCUCAAGCGGCACCCAUUUGGUCGAGUCUUCAAUUUUGACGAGAUGGCUUCACCUACCAUUGACGCUCAGGAUGACUCACCGGUGUAUCGCACUCGUAGUCGUGGUAGACAAGAACGGAAGCACAAACGACUCCAUAGGAAUGAUGUAAAAGCUAUCCGCGCUAUCCUACCAGAUGUGCGGUCUAUGAUGCUGGUACCCUUUUACGACAUCAACCGAAAAUCGAACUAUGCAGGGGGCAUCGUCUGGAGCAAGAAUUCGCAACGAGUAUUCUCGCAGGAACAAGCUCUAACGUAUCUUGCUGCCUUCGCCGAUUCUGUCAUGGCUGAGGUGGCACGCAUUGAGGCUAAAAUUGCGGAGCGCACGAAGUCGGACUUCAUCUCAUCUAUCUCACACGAACUUCGCAGUCCGUUACAUGGCAUUCUCGGUGGUGUGGAGUGUCUACAAGAUACGAACGACCCGAGUAUGCGAGCCGAACUCUUGUAUACCGUGGAGACCUGCGGUAAGACGCUGCUUGAUACUAUCGAUCAUCUGCUUGAAUUUACGAAGAUCAACAACUUUUCGAAGGCGCCCAAUGGCAAGCUACGGUCGUCGACUGGAGAGUUGAGCAGACUCAGCCUGGAUGCCAAGAGUGGCGGAGCUAUGGACGCACUUCGUCAAGAACCUACGAGACGUUCUUCUGUUGGCCUGGAGACUGAUGUGGACCUUGCCACGCUUACGGAAGAGGUAGUGCAUACCGUCCGGGCUGGCAAUGCAUAUGUGCGGGCUGCUGCUCCGACUGAUGACUCUUCCGGCGCCUCGAAUCCAGACAUAUCCAUCCCGCCGAUACGGUCCAGACCUGGCGCUGUGCUAGCUCUGUCGAGUUCGAGCGCUCCUGCCACUACUGUUGAAAUUAUAAUAGAUAUCGACAAAUCCGAGUCUGCCGAUUGGCUCUACCGUACGCAGCCAGGUGCUUGGCGCCGUAUAGUCAUGAACCUCUUCGGUAAUGCUAUAAAGUAUACUGCCAAAGGCCACGUCCGUGUCUCGUUACGGACAUCGCCAUUUAUAGAAGACGAGCUCGGUGAGGUCGUGCUGACCGUCAGCGACACGGGACGUGGUAUAAGUCGGGACUUUCAGGAGACCAAACUCUUUACCCCUUUUGCUCAAGAAGACUAUCUUGCACCAGGUACAGGUCUUGGACUUUCGAUCAUCAAGCAGGUCGUUACGGAGAUGGGUGGCAAGAUUGCUGUGCGAAGUGAGCAGGGUCAAGGCACAGUGGUGGAAGUCAGACUGACUCUCGAGCGGUCAGCAAAGAGGCCUAUCGAGGAGACCUGGCCUAGUGUGACCAUGGGUAGAGCGUUCAGCUCGCCAAUGUUCUCUUUCGCUAGUCCAGCGUAUAGUACAGAAGAGCCUUUGACAAUAGCCGCUACGCCACCUCCGUCCAUAUCCGGCGUUCGGGUUGAGGAUGUGGUGAAGCGACCGCCUCUUGCUCAUCCAGUUGCACAAAAGCUCCAUGCUGAUGCCAAGCGUGUAUUGAUCGUUGACGACAACGACAUCAAUGUCAGACUUCUGGUCACGUACAUGAAGAAGCAAGGGCAUCAAUACCGGACGGCAAGCAACGGACUUGAAGCUCUUGAGAUCUUUCAAGCAGUCACGACUACUGCUGUUCAAGGGCCGCAACAUAGCGUCUCCAUGCCUGAUUUGGCGGAAGACAAACAUGCGGCUACUGCGACCCCACUGACAGUAUUUGACUACGUCCUCAUGGAUAUCAGCAUGCCGGUCAUGGACGGGCUUGAAAGCACUCGUUGUAUUCGUGCCCACGAGCGCGAGCUUGUUUCUAAGCGACGUGCGGAUGGUCUGCCGUACGCGCCUACCACUAUCAUUGCUUUGACGGGACUGGCGUCAACGGAGACACGACAAGAAGCCUAUAGUAGCGGGAUCGAUAGAUUUAUGCCAAAACCUGUCAAGCUUGCGGAGCUGAAGAAAGUCAUGGCCGCGGCGAACAAUACCUGA